CCCUUCCUUUGCUCCCCGCCCUCUGCACUCUCGAAGCCCAACCCAUACAAAGACGAAGAACCAGCCAUGUCUUUCUCCACCCAAUCACGACUCCAACCUUCGUCUCGUUCUUCGACAGAAGCACGAUGAUCCUCUCGACGUCAACGUCGCCUCGGUGAGUGAUCUCGCCGUCGUUGAUGGGCAACACGUGCCGUGGAUCCUUAGCAGCAAACAAGUACCUCCCCAACUACAGCGGGCCCGUCGAACGCUCCUCCUCCUCCACCUCUUCCUCCGACGGCACCCCACGCCGCCGCCGCCACCGCCACCACAACCACCUAACGUCCUCCACCAUCGCCGACCCGACGAAGCCCGAGAGCGACGCCGUCACCAUGCGGCGCAGCGGCGGCGGCGGCGGCGACACCUGGGUCCUGGGCCACAAGACCGCUAGCCUCCGCGACCUCUACACGCUGGGGCGGAAGCUCGGGCAGGGGCAGUUCGGCACCACGUACCUGUGCACCGAAGGCGCCACGGGGAAGGAGUUCGCCUGCAAGUCCAUCUCCAAGCGGAAGCUGACGGCGAAGGAGGACGUGGAGGACGUGCGGCGGGAGAUCCAGAUCAUGCACCACCUGUCGGGCCACCGGAACGUGGUCACCAUCAAAGGCGCGUACGAGGACCCGCUCUACGUGCACAUCGUGAUGGAGCUGUGCGAGGGCGGGGAGCUGUUCGACCGCAUCAUACAGCGCGGCCACUACAGCGAGCGCAAGGCCGCCGAGCUCAUUAGGAUCGUCGUCGGCGUCGUGGAGGCCUGCCACUCGCUCGGCGUAAUGCACAGGGACCUCAAGCCGGAGAACUUCUUGCUGGCUAAUAAGGACGACGACUCCUCGCUCAAGGCCAUAGAUUUCGGCCUCUCUGUCUUCUUCAAGCCCGGCCAGAUCUUCACAGAUGUUGUAGGCAGCCCUUAUUAUGUAGCUCCUGAGGUACUGCGCAAGCACUACGGGCCAGAAGCUGAUGUCUGGACAGCUGGGGUGAUACUAUACAUAUUAUUGAGUGGAGUGCCUCCUUUUUGGGCUGAAACACAGCAAGGAAUAUUUGAUGCAGUUUUGAAGGGAUUCAUUGAUUUUGAUACGGAACCAUGGCCAAUGAUCUCUGACAGUGCGAAGGACCUGAUAAGAAAAAUGCUUUGUUCUCGUCCUUCAGAUCGCCUUACUGCUCAUGAAGUACUUUGUCAUCCCUGGAUAUGCGAAAAUGGAGUUGCUCCAGAUCAGGCACUGGAUCCAGCUGUACUCUCUCGCCUUAAACAAUUCUCAGCAAUGAAUAAGUUAAAGAAGAUGGCUUUAAGAGUAAUUGCUGAAAGCCUUUCCGAAGAGGAGAUUGCAGGACUGAGAGAAAUGUUCCAGGCAAUGGACACUGACAACAGUGGUGCGAUCACAUUCGAUGAGCUAAAAGAGGGUUUAAAAAGAUAUGGCUCAAACUUGAAGGAGUCAGAGAUCCGUGAUCUCAUGGAUGCUGCUGAUGUGGACAACAGUGGCACCAUUGACUACGGGGAAUUUGUAGCUGCAACGAUACAUCUUAACAAACUGGAGCGUGAAGAGCAUUUGGCAGCAGCAUUUUCUUACUUUGAUAAGGAUGGAAGUGGUUAUAUCACAGUUGAUGAACUUCAGCAAGCUUGUAAAGAGCACAAUAUGACUGAUGUUUUGAUCGAGGAUAUUAUCCAAGAAGUUGAUCAAGAUAAUGAUGGUCGUAUUGACUAUGGUGAGUUUGUUACUAUGAUGCGAAAAGGCAACAUGGGACAUGGAAGAAUAACCAUGCGGAACAUGCGAAAUAGUCUGAAAAUUUCCAGGAGAGAUGAGCCGGAAACUCCCUGAUCUCUAACCACAUACAGCUUGGCACGGUCUGAUUCAGACAACACAAGCUUCUGACUUUGCUUCGAUAAAUUGUAUUCUGACAAAGAACAAGCCUCGGACCGAACCAUACAUCUCAGGACUUGUGUAAAGAAGAGUUUGAGUUCUGCAAUCCAUUAAAAUGUGCCCCGGCUCUUUUCUCCUUCCAUUUCAGCUGCAUUCCCAUCACCUUGUUGAAAAAAUGAAGCUGGUGGAGAAAGAAAAGAUAUGGAGGGAGAUACAAAGUCAACCUCAUGUUGCAUCUGCAGUCUGAUUCAUUAGAAAGGACAGCAUAGGAAUAAUAGUCUUUGGUAGAAGAACGUCCUCAGGGAAGUGGAAGUCAUGAGAAGCCUUCCAUGCCAUGCAGGGAUAAAGAGUUGUACUCAUUUCAUGUUUCUUAUUUCUUUUGCUUAGUGUUCACUUGGCAUUUCUCCAGCUUUAAUAGCUGUAACACAGUCAGAAGUAUAUGAGUUGCUUGUUAUCCAUCUAUAUUUCAUGUACAUGGAAAUUAAACAGCCAAAAUGAGAAGAUGGUUUAAUUA